CCGCAGGUCUUCAAGGCCUACGAGACCAGCGGCUUCGUCUUGCUCCGGGUCCUGGUCCCCGCCUGGAUCGUCCUCUACUACCUGAAGUAUCACGUCAUGAAAAAGCCGCACGGUGUUGUUGUCUCAAAUCCACGGAUAUUCCCAGGGGACAGAAUUUUGGAGACGGGAGAAGUUGUUCCACCCUUGAAAGAUGACCCUGGUGAGCACCACUGA